AUGAAUCCUGCAACUUCUACGAACACUUUCAAAGAUGAACUUCCGAUCGGGAGUGAAGCGAUAUCCCGUUCUGCUCUUGAACAUGAUAUUCGACUGCUCAUAGUUGGAUACCAAAAAAAGCAUGACAUAUAUGAUGCAGAGUACAUAUACGAGAAAAUGAGAGCGGAUGAUGCGUUCGAGUUUGUCGCUGUUAUUGAUCCUUGCGGAGAAUAUGGAAAUAUAGGAAAAGGAUUAAAAAAGGUUUAUAUUAAUACAUAUUUUGUAACCAUCCCAAAUUAUGUAGUAGAAAUUAAAGACGAAUUAAACACAGGGCCUUUAGGUGAAUUUGAAUGUCCAGAAUCUUUGAACUGUCUUGAUCAAAUAGUCAACCAAUAUCAUUUAAAAAAACGAAAAAUUUCUGAAACAGAGGAGGCAAAAGCUGCAUCACGCAAGAUUACUCGUGACAAGAUGAAUUCAAGAACAGAAGAUCAACUAAUAGAUAUCUGGUCAAUUGUUGCACCUUUAAGUGCGUCUGAUGAAAAACUUGCCGAUAAUCUUAGAAGUAAACUUGAGCAGAUCAAGAAGGAACGACAUGAGUAUUUAUCAAAAGUCGACGAAGCAAUUUAUAUGAAUUAUAAUGAAGAUGAUAGUGGCGAUGGAAAUGUUGUACCAAAUGUGUCUGAAAAGGAUACCGCAUUCGAAGUUCGGAAUAGAAUAAGAACUCAAGAUUAUCGGAACAAUAAUAGACAAUUUGUACCUUUCGCCUUACGUGCUACUUUAAAGGCAAUGGAAAAAGAGACGUUAGCACGAUCAUUUAGCAUGAACGCCCCGCCACCACCAUCUAAAGCGUUAUCGUCUUUAGGAAGACCGGAUAUCCGAUAA